UUUUCCAGACCUGUUUUGUAAAAGGAAACACUCAGGAGUCGGAGCGCCAUGAGGAAUCAGGAGAGGAUUCUCAGCCUGCGUCAUGUCUAAUUGUGCCUGAAUUGUGAAAUCCUACAUUAUACUUGAUGCCAUCCAGAUGCCGAAGAGAUGAAAUGUGAAAAUGCAUUGGAGGAUGUUUUGAUUCAUCAUGCUGUACCAGGUACUUCUUGUACUCUAUCCAACACAAGUGAUACACACUGAAAGGCCUCAGUAGUGAAAAGGAAGAAAUCGAAGAUCAAGACGGAUGGAUGGCGACACCUGUAACAUGAUGGACAAAAAGAUGAUGGAUCCCAGCACAUUAUGGCAGUGGCGCAUUAGGCAUGUAAAGAAACACUCAAAAUGUUCAGAUCCAUUUAACCACAGUCAUGUAAUAGGAGUGGACUUUGAUGUUGGAUCUAACAAAGGUAGAAAAGUGGACUUAAAAUUAGUGACUAAUGGAGUCAUAAUUGAAAUCUGUGACUUCGCUAAAACAGUAACCAGGGGUAAAAAGCAUUUUAUUGCCAACAUUUUGGAGAAUAAUUUUGAUCUUGGGUUGGAAAAUGAACAGCAGCGUGUUGAUUUUACAAAUGAAUUAGCAUACAGAGUCGAAGACCUACUCAGAAAACCUUCAACAGACAAGCAUGAGGUUUUUACUCUGUUUGACACCCCAGACUGUGAUGGCAACAACAAAAAUGGACUGAACAUGGAAGGCCUCUCGGAAGAGAUGGGUGAAGUACACGUUGAAGACAUUAAACAUCAGACUAGAGUCCAAUGCUCAGAGGAACAUUCAGACGAUCUACAAGAGGAUGUUCUGGUCUCCAUGUUCCCUUAUUGUGACAAAAUUGGUCUGAACUUUGGAAUUGAAACAAAACAAAAUCUAGAUCAAGGUUUGUUGACAAAGGGUGUGAUGUUAGAGGUAGCACAUUUAGCUAAAGUCCUUUGCGGAUCCUACGGUGCAAUCAUUUUGAAGGUGCUAGAACACAACUUUGAAGUCGACCUUAGAGGUCAGGAGGAAAAGAAUCAGGUUUUGUUCAGCAUAACAGCCCUGACGAAACGGACAAAACGACUUAUGGUUAGUAUUAACCAAGUAAUUUCAACAUUUAGAAAUGAGCAAUUUCCAUUUCACACAAUGGUUCAAGGAUGUGAUUUGUUCAAUAACGAUGCUCAACAGAGUCACCUUGACGAAGUAACAAAAAGAACGUUGGAGUUAAACAGUAAAAAGCAAAAGAGAUCUCUUGAAGACACAGAUGAGUCAGUGUCCAAGAGGUGCAGGAGAGAACAAUCGGAACACAUGGUUCCUCAUCACGCUGAUUUAGAUACUUUUCAGAUAUCAGAUGGUGACUCCUUAACAUGGCUUUUAGAAGAGUAUAAUCGAGAUAUAAAAAGAGAAAUGGAUUCAAACAAUGCAGAGGAUCAGGAUGUAUGUAAAGAAAUAUUUGGAAAAUCUGAGUCAAGUUGUGAUAAUAUUCAAAACCCAUUUCUGACUACUGGCAAUUCAUGUUCAAGGUUACCAUCUGGAAGUCCACCACUUGCAAGUUACCUGAAUGAAAUGAAACAAUGUGUAGCUCAAGAACUAACACAUACCUCAACCAACAUGCAUAAUGUGUGGGACAUGGGAAAAAAGAAUAUUGAAACCACCGUGUCAACCAAACACGAAGAGAAGGCUCUUUUAGUCAGUGAUGAGCCAGUAUCUAAAAGGCGCCGAAGAGAACAGUCUGGACAUAGGGAUCAUCAUGGCACUGAUGUUGGUUCCUGUCAAAUAACACCAGCUGACUACUCUUACAUAUCUCCACUUACUGAGCCUGAUCUAGACUCAGAUGGAGAAACAGAUUCAUGGAAUGUCGACAGUCAGGAUGAAAAAGACCUGGUAAAUUCUCUCAGCCCUGAAGUACCUAAAGAAUCUGAGUCAAGUUGUGCUGAUUUUCACAGGCCUUUUCUUUCCACCACUGACAGUCCAUCAAAUUCAUCAUCUGUAAACGCUCCACCUGGAGGUUACACUGAUGACAAGAAAUCUAAUGAAGGCUGUGAGCAGACACACAGACUUAGAAACAUUUAUAAUGGGUGUGAUAUUGACCAGGAGGAAAUUAAAACAGAAGACAAUCUCUGGAAGAUGCGUGGCAACAGAGUGAAACACAUCCUCUGUAACGAAGAAUACUGUCUUUUCACCUAUUCCAGAAAAGCUGGAGUAGAUUACAAUGUUGGGUUUGGCCCAAAGCAAAACCUCAGUAUUGACUGUUUGUGCAUGUCAAGUGUGCUUGAAGCUGCGAAAUUUGCCAUAGCAAUGAAUUGUUCCCAACAGGAUUUCAUCAUGGAAAUUUUUGAGCAUAACUUUGAUCUCCACCUAGAAAAUGAUUCUGACCGGAGGGCUUUCGCAUAUGAAACUAUGAAUAGACUAAGACAACUGAGAAACAGUGACACCAUGUCCAAGUUCUCAAAAGAGACUUUUGAACUACCUCUUCCCAAUGCCUCAGUCAAACAGGCAAAUAAGAACACGAGCAGUACCAGUGUUGUGCUCAGUAGUGCUUCUAUUGAGGAAGAGUACAGUUCUCAAGAGUGCUCUCAGAAUUCACAUCCUGAAGCUAAAGUAAUUGUCUCAGAGGAAAACAUGGAUCCUUAUCCUUACUGCAAGGAAAUAGGUUUGAAGUUGUGUGUGAACAAGAGCCAACCUGUAAAACUGGAUGUAAACACCCUGACCAAUGGAGCAAUAUGUGAAGUGGCCAACUUUGCAGACAAAUUAUGUGGAACAUUUGAACAGAUUUUUCUUGAUGUCUUCAAACACAACUUUGAUCUUGAUAACCAAAGUUAUCAUUCUGACCUUGCCAAAAAUAUUUUCAUGCAAAUUCCUCUCAUUGUAGAGCUAAAGAACUUAACAGUGUGCCGCAUGAAAAAGACCAUUAACCUGCGUUUGGUAGACAGAUUAAUAGAUCCAAGACUCCAGUACCAAAACAGCACAAAUGUAGAUGUAUGCACCAGUGGUUCUUCCCAGGCUCCAGCCGUGAACCAAAAUGUCAGUGGCUCAGCUGAAAUUGAACUGCAAAAUGAACCCAGCAAAGAUAAAGAACUGUGGAAACUGCGUGCUAAUAAAGUCAAGCAGAUCCUAUCAAUGCCUCACGAUGAACACUGUCCGCUCUAUUCCUAUUCCAGAUGCAAGAAAAUAGGCAUGGACUUCAAUAUAGGGUCUGGAGUAAAGCAAAAUCUUGAUGCAAAAUUACUGACCAAUGGGAUUAUGGUUGCCCUUAACACUUUUGCCGAAGCUCUGCAUAGAGCGACAGAUUAUUUUAUUACAGAGAUACUGGAGUAUAAUUUUCAUCUUGAUUUGAAGAGUGAGCAGUAUCGUAGAGCCUUUGAACUAAAAACUAUUAAAAACGUUAGAACCAUUAAAAGCAAAAGGAAGAAAUUAUAUGGCUUUCGAAGUAAAAUGCUGUUUGAGCUUCCGGACGUAAAGUGCUUGAAGAUAUACCAUGCGAAAAGUACAUUUUGCCCCAAAUGCUAUCAAAACAGAAAUCAAAAGCCUGGGAAGGAUGCCUCUGUUCCUGGCUCCAUGCACACUCAACCAUAUGCCAUGAUUGAAACUGCUUCUGCUGACAGCUCAUCACAAAGGCUGUUUGUCAGCCCAGCAGUAGAGAAAGCCAUAAUGGAUUGUUAUCCAUAUUGCAAAGAAAUAGGUUUAAGCCUGUGCGUGAACAAAAAUAAGCCAAGGGAGAAACUAUCUGAGCAUGUCUUGACACGAAGAGUUGUUGACGAAGUAUAUAAGUUUGCCACAAAGCUGUGUGGGGCAUCAAAAAAUAAAAUUAUUGACGAUAUCAUUGAGCAUAACUUCAAUAUUUCAGCAGAGAUGAAUCUUGCACAUCAGUUCAGCACGAAGUUGUCGCUGUACGAUGGACGGUUGGGUUGGCUAAAUGAGGUGUCUGUUUUUAAGCCAGUUUCUCAAAAAGAUGCACAAACUCCGAAAAGGGUAACACAUGAAAGGAAGAAAACAAAAGAAAGGCCUAUGGCACUGCAAAACAAGAUGGAAAGUGCUACCACCAACAUUUGUAACGGAUGUGAUAUGGAACCGGAGGAAAUUGAAACUGAGGACAACAUGUGGAAGAUGCGUGCGAAGCGAGUUAAAAACAUCCUGUCUGAGAUGGCUCGUGAAUUUUGGGAUUUCACCAUGUCCAGAAUUACUAACCUAGAGUUAAAUAUUGGCUUUGGCGCAAAGAAAAACUUCAGUUUUGACUGUCUGACGAAUACACUGAUACUUGAAGUUGCUAAAUUUGUCAUAGCAAUGAAUUCCUCCCAGCAGGAUUUCAUCAUGGAGAUUCUUGAGAAUAACUUUGAUCUCAAUUUGGUAAAUGAUUCGGACAGGAGUGCUUUUGCUUGUGAAACUAUGAUAAGAGUAAGACAGCUACAAAACAGUGAGGAUAUCAUCCAGUUCUCAAAAGAGCUUUUUGAACUCCCUCUUCCCAUGCUAUCAAACCAUAUUACAAAUGAGAGCAUGGGAAGUGUCAGUGCCGAACUCACCACUGUUUCAGGGAAGACAGAGUGUAAUUCUAAAGACUGCUCUCAAGAUUCACACCCUGAAGCUAAAGAAAAUGUUUCAGAGAAAAGUGACAAUCCAUAUCCUUUCUGCAAGGAAAUUGGUUUGAAGAUGUUUGUAAACAGGAGCCAGCCCGUAAAACUGGAUGUUAAUACACUGACCAAUGGAGCAAUGGCUGAAGUGGCCAACUUUGCAGAGAAGUUGUGUGGAACAUUUGAACAGAUUUUUCUUGAUGUCCUCAGACACAACUUUAAUCUGGAGAGCCAAAAUGAUUAUUCUGACCUUGUCAAGAAUAUUCUCUUACACAUACCACUCAUAGUAGAGCAAAAGAGCUUUUCCCUGUUUGCAAAAACAUUCAGCAGUAAAAUGAUGCACUCCAAAAAGCCAAUACUGCCACAACUAGUUUCCCCAAGCAUAGAUGUUGAUAUAUUUAGCAGUGCUUCCUCCCAAACUCCUGCCAUGAACCACAAUGUUGGCAGCUCCAUUGAAACUGAGCAACAAAAUGAACCCAGUGAAGAUAAAGAACUGUGGAAGUUACGUGCUGAUUAUGUUAAACAGAUCCUAUCAAUGCCUCAUGAACAUCACUGUCCACUUUAUCCCUAUCCCAGAUGCAAGAAAAUAGGCAUGGACUUCAAUUUAGCCUCUGGAGUAAAACCAAAUCUUGAUCCAAAAUUGCUGACCAACGGUCUUAUGGUUGAAAUAAAUACUUUUGCCACAGUACUGCAGUCAGCCAAACAGCAUUUUGUGACAGAGAUACUGGAGUAUAACUUUCACCUUAAUUUGAAAAAUGAGGAAUAUCGCAAAAGUUUUGGAUGACAAACUCUAUUAAAAAUGGAAGGAUCAUUUUCAAAUAAAAGAUGCAGUAAAAAAUAUGUGAACUUUAAAUUUCCUGACUCAAAGGAAGUAGAAGCAGCAUGUUAUUCUUGUGCUACGUAUUGCCCCAAAUGCUAUCGAACCACAAAUCAAAAGCCUGGUCAGGAUGAGCAUCUUUCAGGUUACAUGCACCAUCAGCAACCACAAGUUAUGCCUGAAACUACUUCAGCUGAAGCAAACUGCUCACCACAAAAGCCCUUUAUUUCCCCAGCAGUUGAGAAAAAAAUGCAAAAAAGUUAUCCUCUCUGCAUGGAAAUAGGUUUAAACCUGUGUGUGAACAAAGCCCAGCCAAAGGAGAAACUACCUGAGCGUUUGUUGACAUUUGGAGUUAUGGGUGAAGUAAUUCAAUUUGCAAAGAGAUUGUGUGGAAAAUCAAUAAAUACCAUUAUUAAUGAUGUCGUCAAGCAUUAUUUCAACAUAGUACCAAGCAAAGAUGUGAAUCCAGCAUUGGUUUUCAAAAAACUGAUGGUACAAUCUAAUGGGCGCCUUGCUUGGCUCAAUGAAGUUUUCAUCCCGCAGGUCGUCCCUCCCAGAGUGCCAAAGAAAACACAAGUGGUAUCUGAUGAGCAGAGAAACAACAGGAAGUUAAGAACCAAGGAAAUGAUGCUGGCACUACAAACAAAGAAGGACAGUUCCUUUAUGUCAAGUGAAAAUUUGUGUGCCAAAAUAAAAGAAAACCAGAAUGUGUUGGUUGAAUUACCAUUUGUCUUCAAAUCCAAGGCUGAGGAAAAGGGACAAAAGCACAAAAGAGACAAGGGAAAUCCAAUCUCUUCUCUUGACAAUAACGACAACACAGUGUCCUCAACAGACCAUGGUAGGACCCAGGGGCAUGCACAGAUUAAAGAGGAGACUUAUGAUCCACAUUAUAGGGAUGUAGGUCCAGACACUGGGCAGAUAUAUCAUCCACACUACGAGAAUGUGAAAAUGGACUUGAAACCAGAAGUUGUUCAGUCCUCUGUUGCACGUAAACCACCACCUUCCAGAGCACAUGCUUGGGUAACAGUGUGUCCAAACACUGGAAGCGGUCUAAAGACAGAACCAAGCCCUCGAAUUCUUAAUUUUUACAGCCUGGCUCAACCAGUGGGAUUACAGGGAUGCACAAUGGAAUCCCAAGGAUGCUCCAUGAUGACAAUAUGUCAAAACUAUGAGAUCAAUACUGAGCAGCUGAGUGUGUCGGCUGGAUCACAUGUUACUGUGCCAGUGUCUGAUUUAUGUCAUGAUAUAUCAACACAAACAGAAAAUCUGAUGGCCAUCAAAGAAGAAGAGGAUCUUUAAAGAUGUUAUGAUUACUCUCAAAUAUUAAAACUACUUCCAAUUGCCUUAAGUGCUGUGAAAACAGAGGAGAGAAUGUGUUUGACUUUAAGCUGCUUAAAAGUAUUUAUGGUGUUUAAUACGUAAUGUAUUGUUAAAAUGUUAAAGUUUUUAUAAUGUCAAGCAAAAAUACUCAAGGACUGCAAGAGAAAAUGGUCAGUGCUUCUGUUUUUGCUUGUUUGCUAUUGAUGCACAUGAAGAUUAUUUGACAUGAACCAUUUUUCCUUUGUAUUCUUUUUGUUUUUAUAUUAGCAGUUGUUUUCUUACUUGAGCUUCUGUUUUGCCUCAUUUUUGGUCUUUUACUGUUAUAAGUCAUCUGCUAUAAAUGUGUUCCACUGGAAAUGAAAAUGUAAAUUAGAGAGUAUGUAGUGAAUUGUAUAAAUUUUCCCUGAAAUGCUGCAUAUUUUGGUUGAUUUAGAAAAACAGAGCAAGAUCUCAAUUUUACUCUCUAUUAAAGUUUGAAAAUACUG